AUGCAGACCUUUCCCCCAUGCACCCUUGAUGCCAUCCUCCAGGUUGGUCGUUCUGCUUUGACAACCGUCAAGGACCUACCCCUGGAACUACUAAGGAAAACCUCCUCCUCUCCAACUACUUCCACACUCAUAUCGCUAGUGAGUGCAAAAACAUCCUCCUCUCCCAAGCGCACGGAUUUGCUUACUUUAAUGGCGCCGAUGGUACCCUCCGGCAAGUCAUCUGCGCUAAGCAGCACCGACCCGCCCAAGGACAUCCACUGGCCCAGUGGGGACGGAGUGUUCACCAAAGUCAAAAAGUUCUUCCCCAUCUACCCUGGUGCCAACAUCCCACCAAGCCUUAAGCUAUCCACCGCCCCACCGUCCAAUCUAGAAUCCUUCCACCCCCAAUUCCGGCUCUGGUACAAGGCAAUGAAGUACCUUCACGAUCACAAUGAGUCCCAGAGCCUCCAUUCCCACGCCCACAUCUUCAGCGCCGACACCAUCCCAACCGAUCGAUUUCCAGACAGCGACCUAGCUACGCAUCUGACAUAUUCCCCAUCCACCGUCAGUGCAUUUGCAGCUGAGGUCCUCACCUACAAAGCCCUCUUCGAAGAAUUCAAACAGCACUUGGCCCUCUCUACUUUAGCAUCUACUAAUCAUGUCACUACCCAAGAAGCUCCAGCAGCCCCCCUUCCAGCAGGGGCCCCAUUUGAUAGCAAACUUUUUGCCCAGAUCAUGGCCAACGCUCUCAAAGGCGCCAAUGCCAGCACCAAGGAAAAAGAUCUGGCCCGCACUUCAGCCAGUGCCAAAGACUCUUUCAGCUUGAUUUUUGGCCGAGUCAAACCGGUCAUCCAGCUUGACGGCUCCACUGUCAACGAAUUCCACCCAUCCGUCCUCACUGACGACUUUGUCACAUUCUUGGAAAUCGGUUCGAUCAAAGAGGCCCUACGCCACCUCCAUGACACCUUUGCCCACAUCACCGAUACCCUCACCACUCGGAACAAUUACGACCGAAACGUCAACUUCGAUAUUGCCCUCUUCCAACACGCUACAGUCACUGCCCUCAAAACAUGCAGCUUUGGAGUUCGCCCCCUCACCAUGCACCCCCACAAAGCCACCUCACUUCUCAGCCUCCUAGCUUGGCUCCCACCGAACAAAAAUGAUGUCAGGUACACCACUUUCCUCUCGGAAGGCCGAGACAUAAUCCGCCAGGAAGCCAUGGAAGAAGACAAGUCCAAGCAAGCCGCGAAAAAGACAGACAUCUUUGUUCAUGGCGACAUCAGUUCUGUCAAAGCUCUGAUCAAGAUGUUAGCAAAUUUCUUUGCCUUUGUCAAAUACUGUGUCGAAGACUUUACCUUCGAUGACCCCCCAUUAAUUGUCACACUCUUGGAGGAUUUCAUGAACGCCCUCCACACACCUGCUGCCAAAGAUUGGAUCCGUUACAAUGCCGUAGUCCCACACCUCCCAUUGUGUGGGAGCCGCCAAAAACAAAACGACUCAAAGUAA